UGCACUGUGUCCCUCGGAUACAGCGGAUCACCGAUCCACGGAAAGAGCCGAAGAUGUCGGCUCGGUCAUGUGAUCAGCUGUGUCCAAUCACAGCUGAUCACAUGGGACAUGUACACUGAUCAUCAGAGCACUGAUGAUCAGUGUGCCCUGAUGAUCUGUGUAGCCCCAGCAGUGCCACCUGUCAGUGUCUAUCAGUGCCAGCUCUCAGUACUCAUGCAUGCCAUCUGCCAGUGCCACAUCAGUGCCACAUUUCAGUGCCACAUCAAUGCCACAUAUCAGUGCCCACCUGAGCUGCCUUUCUGUGUCACCCAUCAGUGCCAGUCAAUGCCACCUAUCAAUGCCAGUCAGUGCCACCUAUCAGUGCUGCCAAUCAGUGCCACCUAUCAGUGCCAGUCAGUUCCACCUAUCAGUGCCAGUCAGUGCCGCCUAUCAGUGUGCAUCAGUGCCACCUAUCAGUGCCCGUCAGUGCCGCCUAUC